GCUACUCAGGAGAAACGAAAUGAUCUGCCCUGGAGCCGCAGCAAAAUGCUGGAUGGACACCUACUCCUGGGAUGGUUAUCGUUCACAGUUAUAGUCUAUCUUCUCAACUUGCCUGGACCAACCGCAGCGUAUUUCGGGUUGACAGGUAAUGAACCGUUGUCUAUCCUGCCACUGAACUCUCUACCAGAGGAGAACGUGGGCAGGGCCCACUUCAAGCUGUGCGACCGGCACAAACUGGAAAAGAAGCAGCGCAGGAUGUGCAGACGAGACCCGGGCGUGGCGGAGACCCUGAGAGAGGCCAUCACCAUGAGCGCCCUAGAAUGCCAGUAUCAGUUCCGCUUUGAGAGGUGGAACUGCACCUUAGAGGGACGCCACCGAGCCAACAUACUAAAGAGAGGAUUCAAAGAGACAGCCUUCCUGUAUGCCAUCUCCUCGGCGGGCCUGACCCAUGCAAUGGCCAAAGCUUGCAGCGCAGGACGCAUGGAGCGCUGCACGUGUGACGAGGCCCCAGACCUGGAGAACCGCAAGGCGUGGCAGUGGGGAGGCUGCGGAGACAACCUCAAAUAUGCCAACAAGUUCGUCAGGGACUUCCUGGGCAAACGCUCAAAUAAGGACCUGCGCGCACGCGUGGACAUGCACAACACAAAUGUGGGCAUGAAGGUAAUCAAGGCCGGAGUGGAGACCACUUGCAAAUGCCACGGCGUCUCUGGCUCCUGCACCGUCCAGACCUGCUGGAGGCAGCUCCUGCCCUUCCAUGAGAUCGGCAAGCAGCUGAAGCAGCGCUACGAGACCUCCAUCAAGGUCGGCAGCUCCACCAAUGAGGCCACGGGGGAGGGAGAGAUCUCCACAGGACGGAGCCCGCAGCAUCAGCCCCUGCCCGGCCUAAACGAUCAGAUCCCUCGCACUAUGGACCUGCUCCACAUCGAGGACUCACCCAGUUUCUGUAGACCCAGCAAGUACUCGUCGGGCACAGCGGCCCGCAAGUGCUACAAGGACAAGAACUGUGAUGCGAUCUGCUGUGGGCGAGGCCAUAACACUCAAAGUAGGGAGGUGACCCGGCCCUGCCAGUGCCAGGUGCGCUGGUGCUGUUAUGUCGAAUGCAAGCAGUGCACACAGAGAGAAGAGGUCUAUACCUGCAAAGGGUAAACCUUGUCGGCCCCGACAAUCAGUGGAGCAAGUGAAAGAUGCGUUGAAGAGGAGUGGUUGUUUUGUUCUCAUAUAAGGUUUUGCUUCCACUGUCGGAACAGUGUUCUGCAAACAAGGAGCGAGGAGCGAGCCGAUGGAGAAGCAAUAAGCACUUUGAGGGAUUUCUGUGGGUUGGGUUUCAGAGGUCCUGUGGCUCCUGUGUUUGUCUGGGGUAUGCAGAUCAAAAAAGCCCUUCUCAGACAACUGGGUCAACAUCUCAAGCCUUUUUUUUUCCUUGAAGAGAGAAGCUUUUAUUUUCCUAUAAUAAAAUUGCAUCUUUUCGCAAGAAAACAGAUCAGUCAUGAGGAUCCAACACAAGGACAGUAACACCAACAGACUGGUUUCUGGGGUUUUGCCCAAAGAAGAAUGAUGUGUGUGUGUGUGUAUGUGUGUGUGUGUGUUUGUCAAUCUUUACGUGUGUGUUUGUAUGUGAGCACGUUAGAUAGCGAAGGGGGUCGGGGGGGGUUGAAUGACGACUUUUAUGGCAAUGAAAACCAUAUUCAGAGACUGCUAAAAAGAAAAAAAGACAGGGUGUAAGAUUUACUCUACACGCACAUAUUUACACUCACACACAUUGUGUGUUUGCAUAUGUAUGUAAAUAAAUUCAGUUAUAUUGUAAUGAUAUUAUACAAGCCACUUAUCUAACUAUGUUAAAACAAACCACUAACCACACAAAUGUUUUGUUGUUUGUGUGCUCGCGCUCGUUUUUCUUCUUGAUUCAUGUCGACAAGGCCCUUUGGAAAGCAGCACACUUGUGUCCGUCGUCUUGCUGUGGAUAAUUUAUAGAUCCUUUGGGACUACUCCUUCACAGGGAGAAAAAAAGAGCUCUUUUUUUUAAAAUAAUAUAAUAUGAAGCUGUUAGUAAAUGCAUUAACAGAAAAUAACUAAACCAGUCAGUUUAGGCUAUUCUCGGCCUUGAGCGAACCAGUGUUCAGGGAAUAACUUAAACCACUAUAUCUAUUUGGAUAAAAUAGGAGAGAAAAAGUGCAAAUACAAAUAAUUUCCAAGUUGGAGAUGACAGUGGCCUUGUUAUUAUAGCCAACAUCAUUGCAACAGGUGAUCACUUGACCAGCAAACGGUCCACGUGUGACUCACGUCAGAAUUUGUGGAGCUCUGUGGAGCUUAAUUUUUUUUUUUUUUAACUUUUAAUACUUUGAAGUUGUAAAGAAAACUGUGGAGAACUGGAGGAAUGUAGCCCCCUACCAUUUCACAUCCUUCUUUCCUCUUCAGCUGCCAUGAUUUGAUUGAGCCAUAUUCAACACAUGUAGACAUGCAGCGCAUACAGUGGGAGCUGCAUAGGUCGGUCCAGACAGUAUGGGGCGACUGAGAUGGAAAUCUAACUUGACGUGUCUGCAGAGUUGCUCAAGUGAAGAUGAAUGCGCAAGUCUCAUAGCUAAUAUGAAUAUAUUUUGUAAGACUAAUAUUUGUGAAAUGUUUGGCAAAUUGACGUCUGAAUGCAAACUUUGGGGUUUUGCAAAUCAGAAGUCAGUGAAAUUGUUAUAAUACAGGAGUUAAUUUGCUUUUUUUGUAUAGAUGCUUAGCACAAAGUGACACACAUACUGAACUCUGCCAUGCAACCACAGUGACAGUUUAACGGAAUAGUUUGACAUUUUGGGAAACACACAUAUUCACUUUUUCUUGCAGAGAAUGAGAUGAUACCAGUUUCAAGUUUAAGGCUACAGUUUACCAGUUACCUCAGUAAAGCAUGAGGACUGAAAACACACGAUAUAACAUGCUAAUCAGCAGAGGUGUGGACUCAAGUCACAUUACUUGGACUCAGGCAAACUCAAGUCACAAAUUUAAUGACUUAAGACUUGACUUGCAACUCAGCUUGGACUUCAACACCAAUGGCUUGUGACUUAGCUUGGACUUCACCCUGUUUUACUUUACUUUAACAGCCAAAAAAUUAAAAAGUGUGUCAUUUAGAAAGUGUGCCAUUAACCAAUAAAUCUCUUAUUUCCUGAAUCAGCUAGCGUUAAUGCUAGCAAAUUGACUCUUAAUUCCUGCAUUUUUGAACCAACAGCAUCCAGUCAAGUUGCAAGAGAAAACAAUGACGAAUUAAUGUUACAAUUCUGAUUGCCUGUAGGAAAAAACUAUUCCAAAUAUAUAUUUGUUUGCGUACAAAAAUUGCACAGUCGUCAACAUAAAACUAAUUGCAGUGUGUAAAACGUAAAAUUGAAAUUACAGAUGGAGACAAAAACUACAUUGUUGUUAAGUUUAAGACUUGUGACUUGACUUGCCUCUUUUGACUUUGGACUUGGGUGUAAGGACUUCUCCCAUCUCUGCUAAUCAGUGAGUUUUAGAGAAGCCAGGCUUGCCGUUUCCCCCUGUUUCCAGUCUUUAUGCUAAGCUAGCCUAACUGGCUGCAUUUUAAUAUUUACUGGUCAGAUAUGAGAGUGGUAUUAAUAUUGUCAACCAGAAAGAGAAUAACCAUAUUUCCCAAAAUGUCAAACUAUUGCUUUAAUACAUCAUCAUGAAAUCACAGAUUUAAUUGUAUGAGAAAUGCCUCUGAACACACAAACAAUGCAGACAAUCAUAUUUCAUUGUAUUCUCAGCACUUAGCAUCUGGGAACACUAUGUUAUAUACUAUAAAAUAUGCUUUUAGAUGGGUGUGAAUUAACUACUGAGUGAGGGACCCAGCUUUGUAUUAUAGCGCCAUUCACGCACUGAAGCCCAAAAGCCCUUUAAAGUAUUUUAAGAUCUGUAUUUAUGGAUACAGUGCAGUGCAGAUUUUUUUUAAAUUAAAUUGUAAAUAGCAAAGGUUUUUUCUCCUGUGGUAUAGAGACAAAAGUGAGGCACAUGUUCAACUCUCACAAGCACAGAAAUUGGUAGCAAUAAGAGACGUUUGUGGAAACAGCACACAGCUGCCGAAACAAGACGGUUACAGAUUGUAAUCAGCGAUGCAGCACCAUGCCAAACAUCCUUAAAAGCGGCUUUUACCUCCAACAUGGUUUAUACUUUAAAGAUGAUUAUCACAAUAGUUAAAAGUAAAGCACCAUCCUCAACAGCAGUAUCAUGCUUUAGGAAGAGAGCCUUGCACGGGUUAUUUGUCCCGAGGAAAUGAAUUCCAAGCAUUUUGAUAUGAGAAGGCAUGCCAAAUAAAGACUGGUCAAAACAUAUACAUAGAACUUUGCACGCUACAUGGAAACCAUAAUAGCUAUGCUGAGACCUGAAGCAUAAAUGCCUGCUUCCCACAGCUUUCAGUGUGUGCGUCCUCAACACACACACACACACUCUCCUCGGCCCAAACUCACUGAGUUUCUCUACUAUUGAGCGGAUUCAAAACAGGCAUGACAGGAAUACCAAAUGCACGCAGAGUGCAUUUUUGUUUGUUUAUAGAUUGUACAUAGGCCUAAAAAUUUCUCCCGAGACAGAGGAGCAUGAUGCAGCAGCCAGUCGGUUUUUAGACGUCACAGUCAGUCCGUCAAAUCCAAAACUCUGCACUGUUUAGUCGUCAGUGGAUCAUGUACAAAAUUCUGUUUUGUAGAAAAAAAAUAAAAGAUAAAUUAUUUUUAAAUAUAUUAUGAGCAUGUGUUUAGUGUAAAUAACGUUAAAGUCUAAAUUGAUUUUAUAUCCUGUAUUUUUUACUCUUUUGGGUGUUUGUUCCUUUUUUGGGGUGGAGGCUUCGAGAAGCAGUGUAUACUUUCAGCAUAUUUCAUUUCAUAUCUCAUCGCUCGCUGUUAUCUAAGCACUAACAAAUCCUAACAAAUUUAGAAACAACUCACCUUUAGCUCUCUUUUAUUCAUGUGCACGAUCAUGACAGAUUUUUGAGAGUAUUCAAACAAAAUCACAGUCAUCAACCAUAUUUUUUUAUAGGAUUUGAUCUGUUUGUAUAAUCGACUCUCUCUGUGAAAAGACUUUGUAAUGUUGGUUAUCACCACAUGAUGCAGUAUAAACUCAUGAUUGUAUCAGCGUGGACUAGUUUAUACUCACCUUUGGAUCACUUUACAUGUACAUGUACCUUUUGUUAGGAUUUGUGCUGUGCUUGUAAGACAAAGAUAAAACACAUCAACCAUGUAUUGACCUUUGUGAUGAUACUACACCAACAAAGCUUUGUCCAUGUUCACUUUUUCAUGUCUUAUGGGAACCCUAAAUUAUUUUCCUCUACCUCAUGUGUAUAGCUUGUAGGUAUAAACAGAUCACAAAUGACUGGUAAGAAUGUAUUUAAGUUAUUUAACAUCUUUGUAUAACAA